AGUAGGGUUGUCCUUACAGAAGCUCACAAAAACAAAACCCAAAACAAAAACGCCAUCCAUCCACAACUCAACACAACACAACACAACCAGAACUAGUAGAACUAGUAUAAACUCACCGCAACUCGUUUCUCUUUCUUUCUUUCUCUCUAAACACUUCCUCUUCUCUCUCUCUCUCUCUCUCUGCGACGACGUCGACAAUGGGUGCUUCUCUUCCUCCAAAGGAAGCCAACCUCUUCAAGCUUAUUGUUAAAUCCUAUGAAUCCAAACAAUAUAAGAAGGGCCUCAAAGCAGCCGAUACGAUUUUGAGGAAAUUUCCAGACCAUGGAGAAACUUUAUCGAUGAAGGGUUUGACAUUAAAUUGUAUGGAUCGUAAACCUGAGGCAUAUGAACUGGUUCGGCAAGGAUUAAAGAAUGAUCUGAAAAGUCAUGUUUGCUGGCAUGUUUUUGGUCUCCUUUAUCGGUCAGACAGAGAUUAUAGGGAAGCGAUCAAGUGCUACCGUAAUGCACUGAAAAUUGAUCCAGACAAUAUUGAAAUCUUACGAGACCUGUCGCUCUUACAGGCUCAAAUGCGAGAUUUAACUGGCUUUGUUGAGACACGGCAACAGCUUCUGACUCUCAAGCCAAACCAUCGCAUGAAUUGGAUUGGCUUUGCUGUUUCACAUCAUCUGAACUCUAAUGCAUCAAAGGCUAUUGAAAUUCUUGAAGCGUAUGAAGGGACAGUAGAAGAUGAUUAUCCUCCACAAAAUGAACGGUGUGAGCAUGGGGAAAUGCUUUUAUAUAAGAUCUCUUUGUUAGAGGAAUGUGGUUUCUUUGAGAGAGCUCUUGAGGAGUUGCAGAAGAAUGAGUCAAAAAUUGUUGAUAAGCUUGGAUAUAAAGAACAAGAGGUUUCACUUUUUGUGAACCUUGGUCGCUUAGAAGAAGGCGAGAAAUUGUACCAGGCAUUACUUGCCAUGAAUCCUGACAAUUAUAGUUAUUAUGAAGGCCUCCAAAAGUGUGUUGGGUUAUAUUCAGAAGAUGGCCAUUUUGCUCCUGAUGAGAUAGAUCGGUUAGAUGCCUUGUACAAAACACUUGGGCAGCAAUUUAAGUGGUCUUCUGCUGUUAAGAGAAUACCACUGGAUUUUCUACAAGGUGAUAGAUUUCGAGAAGCAGCUGAUAGUUAUAUGAGACCUCUCCUUACUAAGGGAGUUCCAUCUCUAUUCUCUGAUCUUUCUUCUUUGUACGAUCACCCUGGGAAGGCAAACAUUUUGGAACAACUUAUUCUUGAGUUAGAGAAUUCAAUUAGGACUACUGGUACAUACCCUGGGAGGGUGGAAAAAGAGCCCCCUUCAACUCUUAUGUGGAUUUUGUUCUUGUUGUCUCAGCAUUAUGACAGGCGGAGUCAAUAUGAAAUUGCUCUUUCUAAAAUCAAUGAGGCUAUUGAACACACACCUACCGUCAUUGAUCUAUAUUCUGUCAAGAGUAGGAUACUGAAGCAUGCUGGUGACUUGGCUGCUGCUGCUGCAUUUGCAGAUGAAGCUAGAUGCAUGGAUCUUUCAGAUCGCUAUGUUAAUAGUGAAUGCGUUAAACGCAUGCUGCAAGCUGAUCAGGUGGUUUUGGCAGAAAAAACUGCUGUGUUAUUCACAAAAGAAGGGGAUCAGCACAACAACCUGCAUGACAUGCAGUGCAUGUGGUAUGAGCUUGCCUCUGCUGAAAGCUAUUUCCGCCAAGGUGAUCUUGGACUGGCUCUCAAGAAAUUUUUAGCAGUGGAGAAACAUUAUACAGAUAUUACUGAAGAUCAAUUUGAUUUUCAUUCAUAUUGCUUAAGGAAAAUGACAUUGCGUACGUAUGUGGAGAUGCUUAAAUUUCAAGACCGGUUGCAUUCACAUGUAUAUUUUCAUAAAGCCGCUGUUGGUGCUAUCAGAUGUUACAUAAAAUUGCACGAUUCUCCUCCAAAGUCUACAGCUGAGGAAGAUGAUGAUAUGUCUAAGUUGCUUCCAUCUCAGAAAAAGAAAUUGAGGCAAAAACAGAGAAAGGCGGAAGCAAGAGCUAAGAAAGAGGCAGAAGAAAAGAAUGAAGAAUCAAGUGCCAGUGGGAUAUCAAAGUCUGGGAAACGACAGGCAAAACCUGUUGAUCCAGAUCCACGUGGGGAAAAAUUGUUGCAGGUUGAAGACCCACUGUUGGAAGCUACAAAGUACUUGAAGUUGCUGCAGAAGAAUUCACCUGAUUCAUUGGAGACACACUUGCUCUCUUUUGAAUUACAUAUGAGAAGACAGAAAAUUUUGCUAGCCUUCCAGGCUGUAAAGCAGUUACUGAGGUUGGAUGCCGAACACCCUGAUUCUCAUCGCUGCUUGAUUAAAUUCUUCCAUAAAGUGGGAUCCCUAAACACUCCUGUGAAUGACAGCGAGAAGCUCGUCUGGAGCGUCGUGGAAGCUGAACGCCAAACUAUUAGUCAGUUGCAGGGGAAAUCUCUGUUUGAGACAAAUAAGUCAUUCCUUGAAAAAUAUGAAGAUUCUUUGAUGCAUAGAGCUGCUUUUGGAGAAAUGAUGUACGUUUUAGAUCCCAGCAGAAGGUCUGAGGCUGUCAAGAUUAUUGAAGGGUCAACCAAUAGCCCUGUGUCAAGAAAUGGCACAAUCGGACUGGUCAAGGAUUGGAAACUAGAAGAUUGUAUUGAAGUUCAUAAACUUCUUGGAACCGUCCUUGUUGAUAAGGAUGCGGCAUUGAGAUGGAAAGUACGGUGUGCUGAAAUUUUCCCGUACUCUGUAUACUUUGAGGGUCGUCACAGUUCUGCCUCUCCCAACUCCGCUCUCAAUCAGAUAUGCAAGAAAAGCUUUGAAAAUGGAAGUUCUAGCCAUUCGGUAGGUAAUUGCAAAGUGGAAUCUAUUACAUCAAAUGGGAAGCUAGAUACAUUUAAAGAUCUCACUAUUUGAGCAAGUACAACACAAGCUAGAGAAACUGUUGCAAGUUGUGUAUGGAUGCUUGGUAAUUUAAGCUGCAUUUAGGUCCCCCUCUCCCUUCUGCUCUCCCUGGUAUAAACAAUUAAUUAGGUUGCAGUUCCCAGCAAGGGUCAUGCUAAGUUUUGGUGCGGGUUAUAUCAAAAUUCAAUCACAAGUCACUAUGUAUUUUUCUUUCCCACAUUAAACUGAUUUGUAUUCCUUUUGCAAAUGUGUAUAAUUUUACCUCUUAGGGUUGAAUUUUUUGUUCGUUCACCCCCUUUUUCUUGAGGGAUGUUAGAGAGCAGGCUCAAUGGAUUUGCAUCAUCACCAUUGAGGUAGCCGGGAGAGCUACAGAUAGUUUAUGUUGCUGGUACUGCAUGUGGCCAGCAUAUAUACACAGAGAGCGUGUUGUACUUCUCUUACUUGUUGGCUUAUUUAUCAUGUAUAAAUAUUAAACUAUGAAAAUUUUGCUUUAGAUUUGAUGCA